AUGUUCCAACAGUUAAAGAGAAUUUAUAACAUUUACAUCAAACCUAAUAUAUUUUGGAAAAUGAAGGAAGAGGAAAAAUUUUGGGACUUGGAGGAGAACAUGCAGAUCUUGCAGAUGGAAGCCUUGGGCGACGUACUGAUCAAUAAUACGUUGCCGUUAAACAAAAGACUCACAGCAGCUGCCUCCAUUGGCUUCAUGAGUUUUACAGGUGGGCCUGAGGCUGCAACCUUUGCUCAAAAUUACAUUAAAGAACUCGUCUUUCUUUUCGUUGAAGAAAACCUUUCAGAAAAAGAUAAAAUCACAAUUCUUCAGAGCUUGGCUGGAAUUUGCUACAACAGUUUGAAUAACCAAACCACAAUGAUAAAUAUGCGUUUCCUCACCAUAUCACUAAAGUACCUGGGUGAUAGAAAUUCUUCAUACCAUUCAGUUAUUAAGUCGAAAAUGUGGAUGUGCUAUUUGCUGAAUGUUCUGUGCUGCAAUAACUUACAUGCCAUGAAAAUCCUUGGUAGAUCCAAGCACUUUCAUCGAACACUUAUACAAUUAUCUGAAUCUACGUGGCUUGGAUGGCCAAAAAAUUAUGCUCAGUUAUUAAUUUAUCUUCUUGGAUACGAAACGCCUAGCAAAAAUUUCUAG